UUUCCCCAUGCCUGUCAUGCAUCAGUACUGUACCACGGAAAAAACCCAUCGCAUUACACCUAGGCAUGGGGUAUGCGUGUUGGAGAUACUUUUCGCCGGACGGGGCCAAUGCUUCGUACAUCCGAGGUUUCCCACUGACCCCAAUCACGACCUCUGGAUCUGUGACCCUCUCGCUCGGGCAGACUCAUCCGCACCUCUCCGUAGUUCUGACCUCAUUUGCAAAUCGUUGCCAUUGGACCAGCUACAUUCCGUUUGAUCUGCACAGUUUAAGAAGAGACAACUCACCGACCAAUAACCAUCAGACGAGCUUUGCGGGGAUCUGCAACGAGCUGGUCUAAUUAAUAUUUUCAGUAGCAGCCGUGACCUUGUCUUUGGUGCAUCAUUUGGCUCUACUUCCGCAUGCAACGGCAUGGUGCGAGAAUACAAGACCGUAUUCAUUAUAGUAACAAUCAUACCGCUUAUCCUCAGAAGGUAGAGCUCCAAGAUAUUGGUACGCACUAUACACGGUACCUUGGCAAACGUGUGUAUGCUGUAGUGCGUUGGAGCGGCAAGCCUGCAGUGCUCACUGUACAUGCGAGCAGUCAGCGGCACUCACUGGACCGGCGCCCCCGGGGAGUCCCCGCUAUCUGGAGAGCAGCUCUCCCUCGUUUCUGCAAGGCCUUUCUUCCUCCGCCGUGUCGAAGGAAAACCUGGGCAUACAACCGUGAGCGAGAGGUGCUGAUGUGCCUGCAUGCUUCCGCUCUAUUGUGCACAUCCAGCAACGCAGUAGGCGCGUUUACAUACAUCUGGUAUUACCGGAUAUUGCCAUUAUUGCUCUGCCAUGGGAAACUGCAAUCAACAUAGACUGGAUUGGUGCCCCGAACCAUCCAGUGGGGAGUGUGCGCCCGAACUGCCCUCCAUGGUUGGCAUGGAAAUGCUGGGAUGCGGCAGCUUCGGUCGCGUGUGGCGUGCAUCGUGGAGACCGAGCGCUGGCAAGGCUAGACCAGUGGAUGUUGCGGUCAAGGUGCCCGCUGGCCGCGCCGCGGAGGACGAAGCUGCACGGCGGGCCUUUAAACGUGAGAGUGAGAUAGUCAGCGAGCUGCGGCACGCUAACGUUGUGUCCGUCAAGCUAGCGUCAUCUCACCAGGGCCUGCCCUUUAUCGUAAUGGAACUUUCCACACGGGGCAAUCUACGGGAUUUCGCGCGAUCCUGCCAACGCCGCCGCAAGUCCCGUUUGAGCAAUGGAGGUGAUCACAUCCGCUGUCGAAUGUGCCUGGAUGUUGCCUCGGGUAUGCAGUAUCUAUCUCAGAGACGACUCGUACAUCGUGAUCUGGCAGCGCGUAACGUUCUGGUGAUGGCAGAUGGCAAGUGCAAGAUCACGGACUUCGGUCUGGCACGCAAGAUGAUCGAGUCGCCCAUCAGCUCCGUCUCCACCGAUGGCUUCACUGAUGCGGUGGGCAUGGAAACUGGGAGUGAGUACGCAUAUGUUACAACCGGCGGCGAGGUACCGCUUCCAAUACGCUGGUCAGCCCCGGAGCUGCUGCGGUCGGGUCACUGCAGUAGCAUGUCGGACGUGUGGAGCUUCGGGGUACUGCUCUGGGAGGUGAUGGCGUUCGGGGAAACCCCCUACUCGGAACUUGACGCUACUGGCUUGGUCAACGACCGCACUGGCAUCGAUUACGAGGUUAUGUUGAACCGCUUGGACAACGGAUACCGGCUAGGCCAACCUGAAGGGUGUCGUGACAUCGUCUACGGGCUUAUGAGAGACACUUGGGCGGACGGGCCGAGCUCACGGCCAACAUUCACCGACAUUGCUGUUCGACUGCAAGACAUCAUAGGACCAGCUAAGCCCAAUGUGUGGGCACGUUGCUUGCUUGCGGAACCGCUGUAACCGCGGCGGUGGCCCAUACGCAGCGAGCGCCAUGCUCAUAAAUCGGCAGGACCCUUCGCACACUGCGACCAUAAUUUUGAAGCUCCAUUCUAAAUUUAAUGUGUAUUGAACUUGAAUGCUCAGACAUUGCGUCUGCUUGAAAAUGCUUUGACAAAUUCUCCUUGAAUACGUUUUUAGAACACGGAGGCUCCACUGCAGCCAAUUCAUAUUAUGAUCAGUCAAUAUCAAUCGUCAAUAUCAAUUAUACAUGUAUACCGGAA